CUCGCGAAUCCCUCUUCAUGAGUAAGCAUAGUUUGAGUUCCUGGAGCAUUCAUGCAGUCGAGGUUUGUUAGGAAAUGCGAGAGAGCGAGAGAGAGAGCGAGAGAGAGAGCGAGUUGGUGCGCCGGCUCAUUAGCUUGUUUUUUUUUAGACAUGCUCAGGAUCCAGUAGGCACAGAGGGAGAGCAUGUGGAGUUCUUGUUUCUUCUUGGUCUAAUUGAAGAGUAGAAGUGGUGCAAGGUCUCGAGAGCGUUCAUUUGUCGGAUUUGCACUGUAAAUUGGAGGUUUUCGUAGAAGGCGAAGUUAAUGAAGGUAAUGGAAGAGAGCGUUGAAUUGUAGCGAACAGGUAAUGUACUGAGCCAAGAAGAAUGGCAGAAUUUCGUGGAUGCACUGGAUCGUUUGCUUAAGUGGUCAUGUAUGCAUGAAUGGUCAUGGAAGCAUGACGUUCUGUCAGGCAGAAGCCGAUCGUUUUUCUCAUUUGUGACUUUUCUUCUUUGAUCUCAUGAGCGACGUAUCUGAGUUUGAGUGGAGACUGCUCUCGGCAAUCGCGAAAGUUUCAAUGCAAUUUCCGGCAGAGAGGGUCUUCCCGCCUACCUACCUUGAAUCCAAUUGAAGUGGUUGCAUUCUUUCCUGAAUUGCCUCUACUUUUCACCAUUGCAUUUGCCUUCGCACUUCCCGACGUAACUGCACCCUUCCAACUUCCAUUUUUAGCAUUAGCUAUAUUCCAGGAAAAUGCAGGACGAAUGAUUUGAACUACAUAUCAGCACGAACCUUUGGGGAUUGCGUUGGUUCAGCUAUUACAAGAAGCCCAGAAACCUCAGCCAGUGAGCAUGUAACAAGUUGUUUUUAGAUUUCGCAUUACAUAAAAGUUUCUGGGAGAUCUUACUCGAUAGCAACUCAAGUUGAGCUGACACAAAGCUUUUUCGGAGAACUGGGGGUACAACUCAUCAUUUCGACCAUGACAACGUGUGUACCAGCUCUAGUGCAGUUCAAUUCUCGGUUUACCUUAGUGCACGCAAAUCGAUCAAGGGUGCCGCAAACAUGCAGCCACAAGCUUCAAUUGCUUGAAGUGACCAGGUUCACAGGACUCAGAAGGGAAGUACCCCCGAGAUUAAAACCCGAAGAGAGAACGAGGCAAUGGAAGGGGGAUUGGUGGGAGUUCACUGAAAGAUUUUGUGACAAAGGGUCAGGCUUGAAACCUGUCUUGGUCGCUCUGUCAGGGUUUCCAGAUGGCAACCUGGGACUCUAUGACCCCGCACUUGACAUGGAUUCUUGCGGCGUAGGAUUUGUGGCGGAAUUAUCUGCCCAACCGAACCGAAAAAUCGUAACUGAUGCGAUAGGAAUGCUUUUGCGCAUGGCACAUCGCGGUGCAUGUGGAUGCGAAGUGAACACUGGGGACGGUGCUGGGAUUCUAGUUGCCACGCCACAUGACUACUUUUCUCAGGUUUUGAUGGAGGAGCUGGAUUUAUCACUUCCUCCUCUCGGUCAGUAUGCUGUCGGCAUGGUAUUCUUACCGCAAAAUGACCAGAGGCGUGAGGAAAGUAAAAACGUAUUCAAAAAGGUUGCAGAAUCGCUUGGACACCGAAUUUUGGGAUGGCGUGUCGUGAAAACGGAUAACACUGGCCUCGGAAAGGGAGCAAUUGAAACUGAGCCGAUCGUUGCUCAAGUGUUUCUCUCACCAAGCUCUCACUCCACGGUUGAUAUUGAACGUCAGAUGUAUGUAUUGAGGAAGACUUCAAUGAUAGCAAUUCGGGCUGCUCUAAAUUUGCAAUAUGGUGCGGCUAAAGACUUUUACAUAUGCUCACUCUCUUCCAGGACUAUUGUCUACAAGGGUCAGCUGAAGGCAGACCAGUUGGAGAAGUAUUUUCACAAUGACUUGGGCGAUAAGCGAUUUACAAGCUACAUGGGACUUGUGCAUUCAAGGUUUUCCACCAACACGUUUCCUAGCUGGGAUCGAGCACAACCCAUGCGGCUUCUGGGCCAUAACGGAGAAAUAAAUACUCUCCGCGGCAACGUAAAUUGGAUGCACGCAAGAGAGGGUUUAUUGCAAUGUGAUGCGUUAAAACUAUCAAAAGAUGAGCUUCAAAAGCUCUUACCAAUUGUAGAUGCAGGAAGUUCAGAUUCUGGGGCAUUCGAUGGGGUGUUGGAGAUUCUCAUGCGAAGUGGCAGGGAUCUACCUGAAGCAGUGAUGAUGAUGAUCCCCGAAGCCUGGCAAAAUGACAAUAACAUGGAUCCAGAAAGACGUGCAUUAUAUGAGUACUUUUCCUGCAUCCUUGAGCCUUGGGAUGGUCCAGCUCUCAUAUCUUUCACCGAUGGACGGUUCUUGGGAGCCACUCUAGACAGAAACGGGUUGCGUCCAAGUAGAUAUUACAUAACUCACGAUCAGAGGGUAAUCAUGGCGAGCGAGGUUGGUGUUGUUGAUGUGGAUCCUCGAAACGUUUUCAAGAAAGGCCGAUUGCAUCCUGGAAUGAUGCUUUUGGUCGAUUUUGACAAGCACAAAGUAGUUGAUGAUACGGAGCUAAAGAAGAAAUAUGCAAGUAGGUACCCAUAUGCCGAGUGGCUGAGACGCCAGAAAAUUCCCCUCCAAGAGAUUGUGGACUCUGUUUCCAAAGGAGAAAGAACUCCUCCACCCAUCAUUGGAGCUGCGGAGGUUGGGACUUCAGACGAAACAAUGGACCACAUGGGAGUAAAGGGGCUUAUAGCUCCUCUGCGAGCUUUUGGAUACACAACUGAAAGCUUGGAGUUGCUCUUAUUACCCAUGGCGGGCGACGGCAUAGAGGCGUUGGGUUCCAUGGGUAACGACACGCCAUUGGCUGUUAUGUCUGAUCGACCUAAGCUCUCUUUCGAGUAUUUUAAGCAGAUGUUCGCUCAGGUUACCAAUCCGCCAAUCGAUCCCAUCCGUGAAGCAGUUAUUACGUCGACAGAAUGCAUGGUUGGCCCAGAAGGCGACUUAACCGAAGUUGCCGAGUCGCAGUGUAACCGUCUGUCGCUCAAAAGCCCUCUUUUGACAUUGGAGGAGAUGGAAGCUGUGAAGAAGACACAGCACCGUGGCUGGCGAACGAAGAUCAUUGAUAUUACUUUCCCUAGAUCAGGUGGGAGUGAGGGACUCGAAAAAGCUUUAGACCGCAUCUGUGCUGAGGCAAGGCUUGCCAUAAGCGAUGGCUGUACGGUCCUUGUUCUCUCUGAUCGUGCCACAUCGGCACAGCGAGUGCCAGUGAGCUCCUUAGUAGCUACAGGCGCUGUGCAUCAUGACUUGGUGGCAUCUCUGGAACGCACUAGAGUUGCCCUAAUGCUUGAAACUGGGGAGCCUCGUGAGGUGCACCAUUUCUGCACCUUGAUAGGAUUUGGUGCUGAUGCAAUCUGCCCAUAUCUAGCUAUUGAAAGUAUCUAUAGACUUCAAGUUGAUGGGAAAAUAGCUCCAAAGAAGGAGGGUACUCUAUACAAUCGGGAAGAGAUUAUUGCAAAGUACUUCAAAGGUAGCAACGCUGGCAUGUUAAAAGUGCUUGCAAAAAUGGGGAUCUCAACGUUGGCUUCAUACAAAGGAGCUCAAAUCUUUGAAGCAAUUGGGCUUUCUACGGCGGUUGUCCAAAGGUGUUUCAAGGGAACAUCAAGUAGAAUCGAAGGUGCAACGUUCGAAAUGCUUGCUCACGACAUGCUACGUAUGCAUAAACUUGCGUUCCCAGCUCGUCUUUUACCAGAUGGCAGCGCCGAGGCCUUAGCGUUGCCUAAUCCGGGAGACUACCAUUGGCGAUUGAAAGGGGAGGUUCAUUUGAACGAUCCUGAUGCCAUUGCAAAGCUUCAAGAGGCGGCUAGAGAGAACAGUCCCGCUGCCUACAAAGAGUACUCCAAAAUCACUCAAAACAUGAAUAGAAAGUGCAACUUGCGAGGUUUGCUGAGAUUCAAGGAUUUACCUGAAUCUGAACAAAUCCCGUUAGAAGAGGUGGAACCUGCAUCGGAUAUAGUGAAGAGGUUUGUUACUGGUGCCAUGAGCUAUGGAUCAAUCUCACUAGAGACUCAUACAACUCUUGCGGUAGCUAUGAAUCGACUGGGUGGUAAAUCCAAUACAGGAGAGGGUGGGGAGCAGCCUGAACGCUUGGAACCGCUCGAGGACGGUAGCACGAAUCCCCAGCGAAGUGCCAUCAAACAAGUUGCCAGUGGGCGCUUUGGAGUAACGAGUUACUACCUCACAAAUGCAGACGAGAUUCAAAUUAAAAUGGCUCAGGGCGCGAAACCUGGAGAAGGGGGAGAAUUACCAGGGCACAAAGUGAUUGGGGACAUAGCCAUCACGAGAAAUUCUACUGAGGGUGUUGGUCUGAUCAGCCCACCACCACACCAUGACAUUUACUCUAUUGAAGACCUUGCGCAACUCAUCUACGACCUUAAGAAUGCAAAUCCAAGUGCACGCAUCAGUGUGAAGCUUGUGUCCGAAGCUGGAGUUGGGGUUGUGGCAAGUGGAGUCGUUAAAGGCCACGCAGACCAUAUUCUAAUUUCUGGGCACGAUGGAGGAACUGGAGCCAGCCGGUGGACUAGCAUAAAGCAUGCAGGGCUCCCAUGGGAGCUUGGAUUGGCUGAAACACAACAAACAUUGGUUGCAAAUGGUCUUCGAGGACGAACAAUACUGCAAACGGAUGGCCAGCUGAAAAAUGGGCAUGAUGUAAUAAUUGCUGCUCUUCUAGGGGCGGAGGAAUUUGGAUUCUCCACUGCCCCUCUGAUUACACUGGGGUGUAUCAUGAUGCGCAAGUGCCACAAGAACACCUGUCCUGUAGGCAUUGCUACGCAGGACCCCGUGCUGAGAACGAAAUUUUCUGGUCUGCCUGACCAUGUGACUAACUUUUUCUUUAUGGUGGCAGAAGAAGCAAGGGAGAUCAUGGCAUCCUUGGGUGUGCGGAGAAUGGAUGACCUCAUUGGUCGUGCCGAUCUCUUAGAGAUGGACAAGACGGCAAUGACAGAGAAUGAGAAAGUUAGCAACAUAGACCUGUCUCUGCUCCUACAUCCAGCGUCUAAGAUCAAACCCGAUGCUGCACAGAGGUGCGUUGAAUCCCAGGAUCAUGGCCUCGAGAACGCCUUGGAUCGGAAACUUAUUGCUCUCUCACAACCGGCUUUGAACAGAAACAUGCCUGUGUAUGUUGAAACAUCCGUUUUUAAUGUAAACCGGGCGGUGGGAACCAUGCUCAGUCACGAGGUGACCAAGCGAUACCACCGAACUGGCCUUCCCACAGACACUAUACACGUGAAGCUCAAUGGCAGUGCAGGCCAAAGCCUCGGAGCCUUCUUGUGCUCAGGAAUCACUCUUGAGCUCGAGGGUGACAGUAAUGAUUAUGUAGGAAAAGGCUUGUGUGGCGGGAAGAUUAUUGUAUACCCUCAUAAGAACAGUAGCUUCGACCCGAAAGAGAAUAUUGUGAUAGGUAAUGUUGCACUGUAUGGCGCCACCGGUGGAGAAGCCUAUUUCAAUGGCAUGGCUGCAGAGAGGUUCGCAGUUCGCAACUCGGGAGCAAAUGCAGUAGUUGAAGGAGUUGGUGACCACGGCUGUGAGUACAUGACUGGAGGCACAGUUGUCGUACUUGGGGAAACGGGGAGAAACUUUGCAGCGGGUAUGAGUGGUGGGGUUGCCUAUGUCCUCGACAGAGAGAGGCUAUUUCUGAGGAAGUGCAACACGGCGUUAGUGGAUUUAGAUUCUGUAGAAGAGGAGGAUGACAUUAUUCUGCUUCGGUCAUUGAUUCAACAGCAUCAACGUGCCACCCAUAGCCGUUUAGCGCGUUAUGUCCUCAAUCACUUCGAAGCCUUGCUUCCAAAAUUCAUUAAGGUAUAUCCAAGAGAUUUCAAACGAGUUGUCAUGGAGAAAAAGACUAAGGAGGCAGCUGAAAGAUCUGCUAGAACGGGAGAAGAUCUUUCAAAUAAAGACACUUUUGCGGCACUUAAAGACCUGUCCACUCGAAGUGAAGCUACCAGCCCCUCAGCAAAUGGUGCCUCUAAAGUGGAAAGACCUACAAUAGUCUAUGAGCCGACAAAGCACGGAGGUUUCGUCAGGUAUGGGCGUGAAUCUCUACCAUUAAGACCAAUUGGGGAGCGUGUGCAAGACUGGGAUGAGGUGAUCGAUCAUGAGAUAAAUGAACCACUCCUGAAAACUCAGUCAGCUAGGUGUAUGGAUUGUGGUACUCCAUUUUGCCAUCAGGACCAUAGUGGGUGUCCACUGGGAAACAAAAUUCCCGAAUGGAAUGAGCUUGUGUAUCAGGGAAGAUGGCGAGAAGCGUUGGAUAGACUUCUCGAAACCAAUAAUUUUCCAGAGUUCACCGGCCGUGUGUGCCCGGCACCAUGCGAAGGAGCCUGUGUUCUGGGCAUAAUUGAGAAUCCUGUAACAAUUAAGACCAUGGAAUGCACCAUCAUUGAUAAAGGCUGGGAAAUGGGCUGGAUGGUGCCACGGUCCCCAAUGAAACGAACCGGGAAGAAGAUAGCCAUUGUAGGAAGUGGCCCAGCUGGUUUGGCAGCAGCUGACCAACUCAACAAAGCUGGCCAUACAGUGACAGUGUAUGAGCGUUCAGAUCGCGUGGGUGGCAUCAUGAUGUACGGUGUUCCAAACAUGAAGACAGAUAAGGUUGACAUCGUUCAACGGCGAGUUGACUUGAUGGCUGCCGAGGGUGUUCAGUUUGCUGUCAAUGCACAUGUUGGAGUUGAUCCAAUGUAUUCAGUGGAAAGUUUACGUCAGGAUAAUAACGCCCUUCUGCUAGCGUGUGGGGCCACAAAAUCAAGGGACUUGCCCAUUCCUGGACGAGAUUUGAAGGGAAUUCACUUCGCCAUGGAAUUUUUGCACGCAAACACGAAGAGCUUGUUAGAUAGUGGUCUUCAAGAUGGGAAAUACAUAUCAGCCAAGGGAAAGAAGGUGGUGGUCAUCGGAGGUGGUGACACAGGAACUGAUUGCAUAGGAACCUCGGUUCGACAUGGGUGCUCAAAUUUGGUCAACCUUGAGCUUCUCCCGCAACCUACAAGCACAAGGGCGCCUGGAAAUCCUUGGCCACAGUGGCCUAGAGUAUUCAGAAUCGAUUAUGGACACGAAGAAGCUCAUGCCAAGUUCGGAAAAGAUCCCAGGACUUAUGAAGUAUUGACAAAGAAGUUCAUUGGAAGCAAGAAGGGAGAAUUAAUCGGGUUGGAAGUAGUUCAUGUAAAGUGGGAGAAGGACUCUGACAAGUUUCAGAUGCAGGAGAUUCCUGGUUCCGAGGAAGUGAUUGAAACAGACCUCGCUUUUCUAGCGCUUGGUUUUCAGGGGCCAGAGCAGAACAUAGCUGAGAAGCUGGGCCUAGAACGAGACGCAAGGUCGAACUUUAAGGCUGAUUAUGGCAGGUUUGCAACUAAUCUACAAGGUGUGUUCGCAGCGGGUGAUUGUCGAAGGGGUCAAUCACUGGUAGUGUGGGCAAUUGCUGAAGGAAGACAAGUUGCUGAGCAAAUGGACAACUAUUUGAUGAAAGAUGAGGCAGUUGAGAAAGGGAGAGAACAGCUUCAUGCAGCUAAUGGAAAUAGAGAAAGCAAGAAAGGACAACGAUACCCCGAGGGUUUGUGCAAAGCCUAGGAGGAUGCCGUGCACGCAUGUAUUGCAGUUCGCAACUCUCAGGAUCCAAGUGCGUUGAAGAACUGUAUCAAUUGACUGUGCAGGCAGCUGCGCUCGGCGACAAUACUACUGCGUCGGAACAGAGCUACUGAAAGAUGCAAGUGGCUGAACUUAGUUGAUCAAAUUAGUCUUGUAAUAUAGGAGAUGCAUGAAUUCUGGAUUGAAGUUUAGGCCUGUUGCUGACAUGUUUAAGGCAACGUAAAGGUUGUGCUCCAGCUUGCUUGAUUUAUAGAAUUGUAUGGCAACAAAUGGUUUUUAUGUGUUUGCAGUACCCCAUGCUGUUGCACAUUUUGGAAUGGGGAAAA